AUGUACUUCUCCGGCUUCCGCACCAACCUCAAGGCCAGGGCUGCUGAGACCGCAGCCAACCUCACCAAGCUGGAGGAAGCCAGCAAGGCGGUUACGGAGCGGCCUGAAGCCGCCAGGGUCCCGCAGCUGGAGGCGGACCUCCGGGCCGCCCGCGCUCAAUGCGCCGAGAGCGAGGAGGCGGGCCGGGCUGCUGCCGCGAAACUCAAGGAGAAGGUGGACAGUCUGAGCAAGCGGCUGAAGGAGGUUGAGGAGCAGCGGCUUGCGCUUCACCAGGAGGUGACAGCCAAGUCCGCGGAGCUGUCGGCCACCGCCAAACGCUGGGUGGAGGAGAUUGGCUCGCUUGAUCGUGGCUUGGCAGAACCAACUGCCGAGACCGGCCACAGCGAAUCCGGCAAGGGUGCAUCCUCAUCCGCACCUCUACCUGAGCAACCAACCGUCACCUCAGCUGAAGCUCCGGCUGAGGAAGUUGAGAAAAAGUUACUACUAAGUCGUGCCACCGGCACGCCCCAGACUCAUCCUCACCUCUUUCCGACUCUGCAAAAGGUCCCCCUCUCACAGCGCCAUGCAGAGGUCUCCGCCAUGAUGGACAAAGUGUGGGGGCCUGCGAACACCGAAAUGCAGGAACUGACUGACCUUGAAGACUCCCUCAAGAUUUUCUUUGCUCAGCACAAGAACGUGCGCCAGAACACGCAGAAGCUGCAUGAAGACCUGCGCAUCCAUGUGCUGGAGCAGAUAACAGAAAUUGAAGGGCUGCGCCAGAAUGCCGAAAAUAGCCAAAAGGCUUUAUCGCUCUUGGAGACCCGCCUGAACGGUAAGAACUCCGGGUUGCUCACGAAUCUUGCUAUGAACAAAAUGCAGGAACUGACUGACCUUGAAGACUGA